AUUUGUUGACUGAACUUUGAUGACUGUAUCAAGGCGUUAUUAGGCUUCUCCGUCAAGCCUUACUGGAAAGUCAUCGCACCGGCUGGACCGUGAGAGCUGCACUCUGUCAGGAAGGGGUGUGUCAUAUUCACACAGAGUGGUUCGACAGAUUUUGGGGAUGCGGAUACCGCAAUUUCAUGAUGGCCUGCACCGCGCUAAUGACCCAGACCGCUCAACCAUCAUACGCUAGGCUUCUUCGCCCUAAUAACGUGAGCCCAGGUGUGCGACAGCUACAGCACUGGCUAGAGACUGCGUGGAGAACAGGUUACGACAAAGAAGGUGCAGCGCACUUUAAGCGACAUAUAGUGGGUACCCGUAAAUGGAUUGGAACGGCAGACAUUUGGGUUGUGUUCUCCUAUUUGGGCAUACCAGCUCAACUUGUCGAUUUUCGCAAAAAUCGAAACGCACCGACAGCCCUUCAGGAAUGGGUGAAGAAAUACUUCAGUGAAGCAGAAAACUCUCGCUCUGCGAUGACCGCAUUCGAUUUAUUGAACUCGUCGCCUGUUUUGAUUGCCAACAAGCUUCCUAUAAUCCUCCAGCAUGCAGGACAUUCUAGAACAAUUGUCGGAUACGAACAAGACAAGAGUGGUGGUGUAAACCUUCUCCUUCUGGAUCCAGCAAAAACCUUGUCUGAAGAAGUCAGACAGAAGGCCAUCAGCCUCUUGCAGCCCGAUCUUGGGACGAAGAUACCUCGAGGAAUAACAGCAGGAUUUGUGCAGAAAAUGAUGAAGCGAACGGUCACGGGCGAUAUUCCCCCACGAGUGGAUGAAGUCGUCAAUGAGGUUCCGGCAAAUAAUGUUCAAUCCGUCGUAGUGGACGAGAAGAGCGCUGGAUCCCUUUUGUCUGCGGUACGAGUAAACUUGAGGAACCUCAGCCGAAAGGACGAAUAUCAGUUGUUGUACUUUCCGUUGGAGGCACCGCUGAGCGAGGAGCAAAGAAUGAGACGCAAGGUGGUGACGAGUGAUAUUGGUUGUUGAGAUGAGAAAGUUAGUUAUGAAAUGCAAUAUACUCAUGACUAUGGUUGAUGUUACUAAA